GAUGGCGGAUUGAAAACCAUGGUUCGAAUCACUGAAGACCUGUUACGCAAGAGAGCUGAACACAAUAACUGUGAAAUUUUUACUUUGGAAGAAGUUUCACUACAUCAAUCAGARAUAGAGCGCAUUGAAUUACUAGAUAAAUUCUGCAGAGACUUGAAAAUUAUUUAUUUGCAAAGUAAUCUWAUCCCAAAAAUAGAAAAUGUUGGUCGUCUAAAGAAUCUUGAAUAUCUCAACCUUGCUUUAAACAAUAUCACAAGAAUUGAAAACCUAGAGGGAUGUGAAUCCUUGAAGAAGCUUGACUUGACGGUCAAUUUUGUUGGUGAAUUAACAAGCAUUGUAUCUUUGAAGGGAAACUAUAACUUACGAGAACUAUACCURACUGGUAAUCCCUGCACUGAUUAUGAAGGCUAUAGAGAGUAUGUUAUUGCUACUCUUACUCAACUACGCAGUCUUGAUGGUACAGAAGUUGAAAAAUCAGAGCGAAUUCUUGCAAUGCAGGAAUACCAAUCUAUUGAGGUAAAAAUACAUCAACAAGAGAGAGAUUAUCUGGUUAAAAAGGAAAAAGAGAAGAAAAACACAGAACAAGAAAAGGAAAAUAAGGAGGUACAAAAACAAAAAGAUGAAGAAUUGAAGCAGGCAAGAGGUGACAACUGGUAUACUGACAUUCCAGGUGAAAACAAAUCCACAAAAAGUGAAGAAGAUGAUGAGGCAGCAGAGAAGAGAUUUUGGGAAGAAAAGGUUGAAUAUACUCCAGAGUCAAGACUGGAGCUCCAUCGACACAUUGAAGAAAAGAGAAAAGAAAAGGAAAACAGAGACAAGAGCCGGCUGGAUGAUGUAAAGCAUAAAAGGGUUUUACGGUACUUUUCUAAUGAUGACCGGCCACUGAAUAUCAACCAGGGCAGGUGGGAUUUUCAUUUGGAAGAUGAUGUUGAUAACAACAUGUUCAUAUUGGACUUUCCUUGCUACAGACACAUUGACACUUCACUGAUGGAUGUUGAUGUCCAACCAAACUAUGUCAGAGUCACUGUCAAAGACAAGGUAUUUCAACUUGCUUUGUCAGAGGAAGUUAAUCCAGAUUCUAGUUCUGCCAAAAGAUCACAGACAACUGGGCAUCUUCUUGURACGAUGCCUAAGAUGAAGCAGAUAUUGAAGCCUCCAAAAAAGAUACAAAAUAAACCAGUACGGAAAGAAAACACAUCUGAAAAUGAAGAAAAAAGGGUUAAACAUGAAAAGCUUGAGGUUGAUUCAACAGCAGGUAGUGAAAUGGAUUUCAGCAGUAUUGUUAAUUCAAAAACAACAGUAUCAUCAACCAAACACCAAGAAUCCAAUGUACAUCAGAAAGAAAUAUCAGAAGAUUUCAUUGACGACCCAGAUGUACCGCCUCUAAUGUAAAACUGUGCAUUGUUUUUCUUAAUCGUGUUUUUAAGUAAUAAAUAUAUUUAUAUCAUAA